GGUAACAACACUAAAUGUCAGAGGGGCUUAUCUGCUCAUAUAGAAGACAUACUGCUACCACUGCUACCACUCAUAACCUCAGUAUAGUAGCUAAUGUCAGUAUAGUUAAACACAGACAGCACAUGAAUGCUGUAUGUAGCGUGAGUAGAGGAUAGCUGGAUAAUUGUGGGAUGUUAACUAACAGACUAAGGGUGGGAGAAGUUAUAGCUGUAGGGUUGGCAAACGCAGUGACAGGACGUGAGAAUCUGCACAUAGUGCCGGGAGGGAGGCGUGUCUGUUUUUACUGCUGGGCUCGUCUUUAAGCUGUAGGAAAAAUGUCAACGUCCUACAAUCUACCACCUGUUGGACAGGCAGACUCAGCUCUGCAAUCUUUAAAUGCAUUCUGCGAAGGGUCACGCCCUGCCCGGACCAUCCGCCUUCGACACAUCUUCGAUCCGCAGCCUGUUCCACAGAGGAAGCCUGUGGCCAUACGCCCCCCUAGCAAUCUGCCGCCUCCCAAAGAGUGGGUGACCAGCCAGAGUUUGAGCUGUGAGUCAGAGCCCAGGGCCAUCAUGCGUCAAAGGUCCAGGUCCGUCUCCUCGUCGUGUGACCAGAAGGCCCGCAGGGGCUCACAGGUCCGUUUCGUGGACUCCCUGGGCCUGGAGCUCGAGCGCGUGAAAUUCUUCAAAGCUAGCGAAGACCCCACUGUGCCAGUGCACGUCAUCUGUAGGCUACUGGCGAGCUCUGAGCUAGCCUUUGGGAAGCACCUAGAACUGACUUUACCCUAUUUUCAGCCAUCUUUUCCAGAGAACAUGGCCUCCCAGCCCGAUUUCCUGCAGCGACUGUGCCGUCAGCAUGUUUGCCUGGAGCAAGUCCAUUGCUCAGAGCUGGGCAUCAUCGGUACAGUGCAAGUCCUAAACCUGGCCUUUGAGAAGGACGUAACAGUGCGCUAUUCUUUUACAGACUGGAAAAGCAGCGCAGAAUCCAAAGCUUGUUGGGUGUCUACCCUGCACAGGAAUGGAGACGAGCCAGAAUCUGAUAUUUUUCGCUUUCGUUUGCCUGUUCCUCCGUUCAUUCUGAAACCUGGAGCCACGCUGCAGUUCGCCAUCUGCUUUCAGAGUCAAGGAGUGGAAUACUGGGACAACAAUGAUGGACACAAUUACAAACUUGCCUGCCAUACUUACAAGCUGACUGUGCCCAAAGAGUGUGAAGACAGCAUGGUGCAUUUCACCUAAACCACCACAAGGAGGCACCAUGAGAUCCACACAUAGAGACAGCAUUCAAUAUUUUUAAAUGCAAAGCAUUUUGGGCCUCCCCUGAACAUUUACUUACUUUUAUCUGUAAAAAAGAAUUUGACUUAUUUUUCAACAUUAUUAAAAGCAUUUCAGAGCUUCAUACCUAUAAAAGCUUCAUUACUUAAAUUAUAUUAUGUAAACUAAUGCAGGUAUCCUGCCUCAUGAUCAUGUAUUUUAACCAUUCGUGGCUGAGGGGUACAUGCACAGCUGUGUAGGUGAAAACAGUAACUUUAGAUAAAUACAAUUUAACUACAUAAGAGUCCAUUUGAAUAGUAAAUAGAAUGGCUAUAUUUACAAUACCAGUUAAAAGUUUGGAUGCCUCUUCUCAUUCAGUGUUUUUAUUAAUUACUUUCUAUGUAAUUAAUUUUCUACAUUGUAGAUUAAUAUUAAAGACAUCAGAUCAAUUAAGGGGGUGCAUAUGGAACUACGUAGUAAAAAAAAGUGUUUAUCCUCCACAAUCCCCUGACCACUGACCUAAACCCAACUGAGAUAUCAGAAUAUAUUGCCCAGAAACUCCUUCAAGAUGCUGAGAAAACUAUUUCAGAUGACUCUCCCUCAUGAAUACACUGAGAUUAAAAUACAAAGAGUGUGCAGAUCUGUACCUUAAUGUGGUACUUAGAAGUAUACAAAUAUUCUUGUUUUAUUUUACACUUUUUGUUUACAGAAUAAUUCUGCAUGUGUCCCUGUAUAGCUUUAACUUCUUCAAUAUUAAUUUAACAUGUGGAAAAUAGGAAAAAUGAAGAAACUGGUACUAUAUAUUAUAGACAUUAACAACCCAGAUUCUUUUACAACUUCUGUAAAAAACACUUUUUUUUUGUCUCAAUAAUUUGAGAAAUCCUUGGAAUUUCACAAUAAUAAUGCAAUGUCCGUUACAAGUAAUAAAGGUAAAACCUUUUAUCGUAACAUGUUGUCACUAAAGCCAAGUCUAAACAUUUCCAGAUAGUAUAAAGAGGUUUUGUCUGUGUUUUGGCUUCACAUAUACAUUAAAAUGGCAUUUUUGGUCAUAACAGUAUUUCAGAAUGAAAGCAUUAAUGUCACAAUGCAUGGCUGUUUUUAUCUGAAUACAUUUGUACCCCCUAUAUACUGAAUAACAUAAUACUGUAGUUUACAACAACACUAAAACUAGAAUUCAGAUUUUGACAUAUACCAGCCAAGCAAAACAUUAUGACCACCUCCUUGUUUCUAAACCCAUGAUUGGAUCAGAUACAGCAGUGCUGUUGGAGUUUUUAAACACUCACUCUCCUCCACUCUGUUACACACUCCUACUUACUGCUGCUCCAACAUGUAGAUAAAGUAAAGUCAGAGACAGAAUCUCUGAAUCUGUUGCUGCACAAUUUUUGUAGGUCAUCUUCUCGUCCUUCAUGACUGCCCACAAUGUUGGUGCAGUGUUCUUAGGAUAAUGGAAAAAAAAGAUAAUGGGUCUAUGAACAAAGAGAUAGUCGUAAGGUUAGGUUUAAUAAGAGUAGGAAUAAAUGCAAAUAAUGGACAUGGUUUUUCAUGGUGAUUUGAUAUCUCUCUUUAUAAGGUACUAUCAACCUAUUAAAUAUGCUCACACACGUGUUUUUGUUUUGUUUGGAUGGAAAUAUUAUCAAAAAUUGCAUAUUUUGGUGAUAUUAGAAAUAUUAAUACUAAUAAGCUUGUUAUACGGCACCUUUAUUAUAAAAUAUAUAUUUUUGAACAACCUCAUAUUUUAUCUCUGAAAGAAACCAGGACUCUCAUUUACUUUCUGUUGCCUUUUACAUCAGGGUGAAAUCGAGACAUUGUAAGUAUUCAUCUCAGUUCUCUCAAAGCCAGGUAUUGGAAUUUGUUCACUUGUCACUUGUCUGCCUGUUGACCCAGUUUCACUGACUGACUGUCUGGUACACUCUACUGUCUACUCAGUCUUUGGGUUACUCAGAGCAGUCUGUAGCGCAGGAUUAUACCGUGGCGUUAGGAUUCAUUUAAUGGAGGCUCUGAGUCAUUAAUUCAAGAGUUUUAUUCCAUUCACAGUCAUUUUGAUUAUACCAGCACAUGUUUUGUUUAAUAACUACAAAAUGAAUCAUCCUAGGUCAUCAUCAAACAUCAUCAGCCAUGACAUUAAAACCACUUGUUUAAUAUUGAGUCGGUCCCCCUCAUGCCGCCAACGCAGCUCUGACAGAUUGAAGCAUGGACUCGGCAGGAACUCAGAUGAUAUUUACCACCAAGACAUACAGUACCAGUAGAAAGUUUGGACACAGUUCUUUUCAGUUCUUGUUUUCUUUUUUCUUUAAUUUUUUUUAUAUUGUACAUUUAUACUGAAGAUACCGAAACUAUGAAGGAACGCAUAUUUAAUUAUAAAGUAAACAAAAAUAUGUUUAACAAGCCAAAAUAUGUUUUAUACUUUGGAUUUUUUGAUUUGCCCACACUUGGUAUUAUUCUCUCAGUCGCUUCAUAAGGUAGAACCUGGAAUGUUCUCCAACUGUCUUAAAGGAGUUAUAGAUGUGCUGAGCUCUUGUUACCUGCUGUUCCUUCACUCUGUGCCCAUACUCGCCCCAAACCACCCAGGUUGGGUUUUUAUGUUGUGGAGGCCAAACACUUUUUUUUUUACUACUGCCGAACUGCAUAUAUGUCCCUUCAAAGCUUAAUAUUAAUCUACAAUGUAGUAAAUAACACAUAUUACAUUACAUUUGGCAGACGCUUUUGUCCAAAGCGACUUACAAUAGUCAUGUACAAAAGUAAUAGAAGUUAAAGGUAAAAACAUCUUUAGAUAGGGCCUAAAGGAGGUCAAAGGGAAAUAAUGGGAUAGAGGAGUAAAGGAGGGGAAGAAGGAAAUGAGGUUAGAAGUAGUUAGUGUGUUAGAGGUGUUAAGAGAGUUAAUGCUCUUUGAAGAGCUCUGUCUUCAGGAGUUUCUUAAAGAUUGUGAGAGAUAUAGCGAGACAUAAAUAAGAAUACACAUAGUAAUGAAAACGUUGUCCAAACAUUUGACUGGUACUGUACAACAGUGUAUUACUGCAGUAUAGGAGGCUGCAGAUUCAGAGCUGCAGCACUGGUGCUAUGAAGGAAAUGUAGCUAGCUAACAAUUAGUGAAAGCUUAUGCAUUACAAAUUAGUGCCACAGUUAUGAGGAUAAUGUAGCUAACAAGUAAUGGAAGCUCAAAUCCCACAAAUUAGCAAUAAACGUAUGAGGCUUAUGUAGCAAAUAAGUAGUGGAAGCCUGUACCUCACUGAUUAGCACUGGGACUAAAAGGACAAUGUAGCUAACAAUAAGUGGAAGCCUGUACCUCACCAAUUAGCACUGGGUAUAAGAGGACAAUGUAGCUAAUAAGUAGUGGAAGCCUGUACCUUACCAGUUAGCACUGGGGCUAAAAGGAUAAUGUAGAUAAUAAGUAGUGGAAAUCUGUACCUCACCAAUUAGCACUGGGUAUAAGAGGACAAUUUAGCUAAUAAGUAGUGGAAGACUGUACCUCACCGAUUAGCACUGGGGCUAAGAGAAACAUGUAGCUAAUAAGUAGUGGAAGCCUGUACCUCACCAAUUAGCACUAGGGCUAAAAGGAUAAUGUAGCUAAUAAGUAGUGGAAAUCUGUACCUCACCGAUUAGCUCUGGGUAUAAGAGGACAAUGUAGCUAACAAGUACUGAAAGCUUAUAUCCCAACAAUUGGCAC